AUGAUGUUGAUCUCAAUCCUACUGAUCCUUCAUGUACAGCGGGAUCGUUACAUUGAAGCCUUACGCUGGCAUGGUGGCAUUGCAGAUCAUGGACCACCACUACCUUGGGAGGUGCAGCCGAUGAUUUUGCCCAACGACACCUAUGAGGCGAGCUUCUUGGCGCCCAGCUUGCGCCGGGCCAGCAGCUUCGUGAAGCUCUCUUCAAGUGUGUUGGGUGUGAAUGGCAUGGCCAGCACGGUGUUCACCAACUCCACCAGGAGUGCCAGUGACCAGAGUGUCACUUUGGUGGUGGGUUCUGGCACCUUGCCAAUCUGCAAGGAGGCCAAGGAGCCUUGCCUGGUGGCGGUGCAGCGGGGUGAGGCGGAAGCGGCGGGUUCCGGGAUGGUCUGCCACCACUUCUCCGCUGGCGCCGCCUUGGGAGCUUUACAACCACUGGGAAAGGAUUUGUGCCUCAGGUCCAAACAUGUUUACGCAGCCCUGGCGACGGCCUUGAACAAGUCUGAGGUGGUUUUAGCCUGGGAUCCCAAUCGCAAUGAUGGCAGUCGGCCCUACAGCUGCUUGGCACGUGUGACCUUUCCUCAGAUGCAGCGGCUGACGACCUUGGCCGUGGACCUCGUGGCCUCGGUGAUCUACGACCGAGUCACCGACUCGAUCAUCACCUUGGGCUUCUCGGGGUCUCAGACCAUCAUCGCCGAUCAAUACCAAGCCUCCACGCUGAAGCCUCAACUCAGGUAUUCCAUCCCGAUCUCCGUGACGUGGCUGUUGCAUGCGCCGAAGAUGUCGGACGGCUUCCUGCUCUUCCUGGGCUCCGAGACGCCCUUCAUCGGGAGCAUCUUCGCCGUGGAUUUGCGUCGGCAGAUGAUCUACCAACAAGAUCCCCCGACGGGAGGCCCCAACCAACGACCACGGAGAUGGGUUUUGCCCUACAACAAAUUCGUGGAACGUCUACCGGACAAUCCGGCGGCUUCAAAGCAAAGCCAGGAUGGCCCCUGCUCCACACUGUGA